AUGAGUGUAUGCCGACAAAUACGUCUAGUGUUAUGGAAAAAUUUCACCAUACGCCGAAGGCGAUGGCCACGUGUAAUCUUCGAAUUAAUAUGGCCACUAUUUUUAUUCCUUAUUCUUAUGUGGGUGCGAACACGAAAUUUAAUUUUUUAUUAUGAUGCCUGUCAUAAUGAUGCGAAAUAUUUGGGAUCAGCUGGCAUUAUACCGGCCUUUCAAACAUAUGUUUGCCGAUGGAAUAAUACAUGUCAUAGUUUUCCUAAUCCCACUGAUCAAUUCAACAUUUUAUCCAAUGAUAUCCCAAACUUAUUCAACCGGUAUGCAAGUAUAGCUGAUAACCUUCUAAAGAUAUCAAAUAAUCAACAAGUCAUGAGUAAUAUAAGCCAACUUGUAUUCGAAUUGAACAAUAUUACUAGUUUGCUAAAUAAUAGUUGGACUGUUAUUCGGGUGAAUAAGACAACGAGCGAUUUUAAUCAAUCAAUACCAAUAGCAACGACCAAUAUACUGUUUUCAAAUCCUAUUAAUCUAUCAAAUCUUCAUCAACCAUGGUUGAUGAAUAGAACAAAUUCAUUAACGAAUUUAAAUGUUGCUUCUGAAAUUUUUCUGGCUUCUCUACAACCAAAUUACACCUAUUCAUAUCAAUCAGCAAUAAAUAUUCAAAAAUCAUUUUGCAUUGACGGACAAUUCAAUCAAACAUUUUUAAUUAAUCAAGGACAAUCCAUGGAUGCAAAAGAUUUUCUAUGCAACAAUUUAUCAACAACCGAUCUGAAAAGCUUUUUAAUUAGUCUACAAAUACAACUCGAUCAAGUAUUUUUGAAUGAUGUACAGUUAAAUUUGAUGAAUACUAAUAUUCUUAGUCAACAGAGCAUCGAAGCUGCCCAAAGCAUUUUUUCUCAAUUGCAAACUCUCAAUGCUAGCUUAUCACUUGCGGGAUUUAAUAGCAGUUUUAGUUUGACAACAUUAUGUGGUGGACGCAAUGAUAUUUCACAAUUUGUGAGUGUAAACGUAUCUACAACUAGCAAACAAACAGGUGAUUUAUUGAACAGUACAGCAACACAACGAAGUUCAUUAUAUAAUGGAACAAUCGCGAGUAUUGAUUGGAAUGAUUUGGCAUCAGAGUUACUUAAUUAUACUGAAAAUGAUAUGUGUAAUCAAUCAUAUGUAGUUGGUACCGGUAAUAUCAAAAAAACGAUUACCGUCAAUCGUACAUGUCGUUGUGUUACAUUUGAUCAACUAUUUAAUUCAAAUAAAAAUCUACAGCUAUUCGGUCGUCUUCUACGUCCACUGCAAUACGGAAAAAUUUAUUAUUAUCCAUCAAAUAUUUAUUAUGAUAAUAUAAUCAAACAAAUUAAUCAAACAUUUGAAUCAUUAGAUGAAGUAAUAAAAUUACUUCGACAAAUGCGAUCGCCUAUGCAAACAGCCUAUGCAGCACUGGCAACGCUAUGUAAUUUAUCGUCGAAUGCGUUACCUUUAUGUCAACUGUUAAAUUCCUAUGAAACACCAUUAUCUUUAUUUACAAUCAUAACUGAGUUUAUGGCCUGUACAGAUAGAAAUCGUUUCGUUCUGAUGAGCAGUGAAUCACAGUUGGUGAGUGAUGGAAAAACAAAUUCGUUCACAGAUACAUUUCUUGCUGGAAUUGUAUUUCUUGAUGAAUUAUCAAACGGUGAUAGUUUUCCAAAACAUGUUAGAUAUAAAAUACGAAUGGUACGUGAUUAUGUUGAUAAUACAUUUAGUACGGAAGAUCGAUAUUUUACCUUUGCGCCUCGUUAUUCGGCCCCGUCUUCCACUAAAUAUCAUUCAUUUACUUUUAUUUAUUUACAAAACGCUCUCGAUCGUGCAAUUAUAAGUAAACAAACAGGAAUGAAUAUAUCAUAUGGAGUACAAACUCAACAAAUGCCCUAUCCAUGUUGGAUUAAUGACAAAUUUGUCAAUUCCAUUAGACAAAUGUUACCGUUAUUCAUGGUAUUAAGUUGGAUUUUUACUGUAUCAAUGAAUGUCAAGGAUAUUGUUUAUGAAAAGGAACGGCGAUUAAAAGAAAUCAUGAGAAUUAUGGGUUUGAACGAUUCUGUUCAUUGGUUCACAUGGUUUGUUUUAUGUACAGCUGUCAUGGUAACAAUAGCACUAUUACUUGUCAUUAUUUUGAAGUUAGGAAAAAUAACUCAAUUUUCCAGUUUUAUAGUAUUGUUGCUGUUCUUCGUUUGUUAUACAUUUGCAACAAUCAAUCAAUGUUUUCUCAUAAGUGUCUUUUUCAAUCGAGCUAACUUAGCUGCUUGCGGGGCUGGCAUAAUUUAUUUUGUUCUUUAUUUACCGUAUACACUUUUAAUUAAUUAUGAUAGUCAAACAUUAGGAUGGCAUAAAGUGCUUGCUUGUUUAUCGUCAACUGUUUCAUUUGGACUUGGCUGUGAUUAUAUUGCUCGUUUUGAAGGCAUGGCACAAGGCAUUCAAUGGAGUAAUAUACAUAAAGGGGCAAAACCGAAUGAUAAUUUUACAUUUCUGAAUUGUAUGAUUAUGAUGCUUAUCGAUGCCGUUAUCUAUAUGGCAUUAGCUGUAUAUAUUGAAAAUGUAUUUCCCGGUGAAUACGGAAUUCCUCAACCUUGGUAUUAUCCGUUUACAAAAACAUAUUGGUUUGGUUAUGAUGCAAAAAAGAAUCUUCAACGUACGAAUGAAAUCAAUCAGAACCAGGUCAAAACAAAUACGAACAUUGGCAGCGCUGACGAUGAUGAUGGCGAUAAUACUAUUCCUCAGUCUGAAAUUGGUGUUCAUAUUCAAAAUCUAUCAAAAUUUUAUAAAAAUAAAGUUGCAUUAAAAAAUCUAUCUGUAAAAUUCUAUCGAAAUAUGAUAACAGCAUUUCUUGGACGAAACGGAGCUGGUAAAAGUACAACAUGGUCUAUAUUAACUGGCUUAAUUCCACCAUCGAGUGGUACAGUCUAUGUUGAUGGUUUUGAUAUAUUAACGGAUAUAAAAGUUAUACGAAAACGAUUAGGAUUUGCUCCACAACAUAAUAUUUUAUUUGAUCGGUUAACUGUUAAAGAGCAUUUAGAAUUUUUUUCUGCUUUGAAAGGUGCACCUGAAGAAUUCAUUUCAGAUGAAACCAAGAAAAUGCUGGCAGAUUUAGGAAUAGAAAAUAAAUCAGAAAAUUACUCAACUGAAUUAUCUGGAGGAAUGAAAAGAAAACUUUCGAUUGCUAUCGCAUUUAUUGGCAAUUCUACAACCGUCAUUCUAGAUGAACCAACAGCAGGUGUUGAUCCAUUUGCUCGACGAGCCAUAUGGGAUCUCAUUCUUAAAUAUAAACCAGGUCGAACAAUCGUAUUAUCAACUCAUCAUCUUGACGAAGCUGAUUUAUUAUGUGAUCGUUUAGCAAUAAUAUCAUCCGGUGAAUUACAAUGUGUAGGCACAACAAUGCAUUUAAAACAUAAAUAUGGUGAAGGUUAUAAUUUAAUUGUUGAAUUAACAUCAGUAUCCGAUGAACUUGAAAUACAAAAACAACAACAACAACAACAUACAAAUUCAACAAAUAAUACAAUCUAUCCAAAUAGUAUAGAAUUGAAUAUAAUUAAUCCUAAUACGAAUUCUUCAACUCGGUUUGAACGAUUAACAGCAUUUUUAAAAUCAUCGAUGCCUGAUUUACGUAUAAAAGAGCAACAUGGUGAUCAAAUAGUAUAUGUUAUAUUAGAUGAUGCUGAACAUACGAAAAUCUUUCCGAAAAUUCUCUCUGAUCUUGAUGAAAAUAAAACUAAUUAUCAUAUUAAAAGUUAUGGCUUAUCGAAUAGUAGUCUUGAACAAGUCUUUCUUCGUGUUGCUAAUGAAAAGAAAUGUACAGAAGAUUAUGAAAUCUCAUCAUGUUGGAAACGAAUGGCAAUUCGUAUUCAAGGAUGGCUUGGAAAAAAUAAACCAAUAGAACUAAAAACAAACGAGACAAUCAACGAACAAGAAAAUGAUGAUGAUGAUCAAGCACUAUUUCAUACACGCUUAAGUGGUAUGCAUAACAAUAAACUUUUACGUAAUUAUAUAUUUGACAAUUUUCUUUUAGAAGAAUGGAGUACCUAUGCCGAUGAACGCUACACUGGUAUUAGUUAUAUAGCAGUACAAGUAAGCGGACUACUUAUAAAACGCUUUCAUCGAACAAAACGUAAUAUCAAAGCAUUGAUUGCUGAGAUUCUUCUUCCAAUUGUAUUCGUGUUACUUGCAAUGCUAGUAACCAAACUAGCACCAGAUAAAAGUGAAUCACCACCUCUUAUUCUUCAUCCGUGGUAUUGGGGUAAGCCAAGUUAUAUGUUUCAAGGCAUACCGACUAAUAACAUAACAUUAUUAUCGAAAUCUAUUCAACAAACAUUUACUCAAUCGCCAUCAUUAGGCACACGCUGUAUGAAAUCAUCCAUGCUCGACGGAAAAAAAUAUCCCUGUGAUUUGGGCGAUGCUAAGUAUAAUAAUGUAUCAAUAAGUCAAGAAAUAAUGAAUGCGUUAAAUGCUGUCAAUUAUACAUAUACACGUAUAUCACCAAGUUGCGAUUGUGACCAGAAAAUACAAACCUGCCCAAUUGGUGCUGGCGGUCCAACACCAAGUUAUGAUAUGACAGAAACAAAAAAUACUUUAUUUCGUCUUUAUGAUUAUAAUAUAAGCGAUUGGGUAGUCAAAACAGAAUUUAAUGAAGAAUAUUUAAUGAAACGUUUUGGCGGUUUUGAUUUCUUAGCACAAGAUAAUUUCAACAGUAUCGAUCUUUUAAAUCAAACUUUGAUUGAUAGAAUAAUCAAUGCUACUAAUACAAUUAAUAGCACAAAUCAAUUGAUAACAAACGUUGAUGCAGCAAAAGUUGCUGCUUUCUUUCGCAUACAUCCACCACAAGUUUCGGUUUGGUACAAUAACAAAGGAUGGCCAUCGAGUGUCGCAUUUUUAAAUGUAUUCAAUAAUGCAUUUUUACGCGGUUUACUUCUUCAGAACAGCUCAUCAACGCCCAUAGAUGAAUAUGGUAUAACAGCUAUAAGUCAUCCAUUACCAGAAGCAGCAAUUCAAAUUGAUAGUGAAAUGCAAACUAAUAUGGCUCUUGAAUUGUUUACAGCCAUAUGUGUAAUAUUUGCAUUAGCAUUUAUUCCUGCAAGUUUUCUUGUUUUUCUUAUUGAUGAAAAUGUAACAACAUCAAAACAUCUACAAUUUGUUAGUGGUGUUAAAGGUAUAACCUAUUGGGCGGCAAAUUUCGUUUGGGAUUUAGCAAAUUAUUGUGUAUCAAUUGGAUUUUGUAUUAUCAUAUUUCUUGGUUUCGGCAUUGAAGCAUAUGUACAUCAGACAAAUUUACUUUGUCUUUUCUUACUAUUAUUUUUAUAUGGUUUUGCUACAAUACCUUUAAUGUAUCCAAUUAGUUAUCUAUUUAGUACUCCAUCGACUGGUUUUGUUGUUAUAUCAUCAAUUAAUAUAUUUGUUGGUCUAAUGACAACAAUAUCAACAGUAACACUAGAAAGUUUUCAAGAUGAACCUGAUCUACAAAAGAUUAAUAAUAUUUUAACAAAAGUAUUUUUAAUAUUUCCGCAUUAUAACCUUGGAAGAGGCCUAUUUGAUUUGAGUAAAACAAAUGCCAUCAAUGUAGUCAGUGUUAAAUAUAUUGCUGACUAUCAGCGUCUAUCACCAUUUCAAUUUAAUAUUGUUGGUAGAAAUCUUCUUGCUUUAUUCAUUGAAGGAAUAGUUUUCUUCAUAUUCGCAAUACUUGUUCAAUAUCGAUUUUUUAUUCCUGACCGUGGUUGUGUUCGUACACCAAACGAUUUAGUAUCAUCAAACGAAGAUGAAGAUGUAGCUGCUGAACGAGAAAGAAUUUAUUCUGAUCCUAGUAAUACAAGUGGAGAUGUUCUACGAAUGAUUGAUUUAGUUAAAGUUUAUGGUUGGAGAUUCGGAAAAAAAUUUACUGCAGUCAAACGAACGUGUGCUGGUAUUAAACAAGGUGAAUGUUUUGGUUUAUUAGGUAUCAAUGGUUCAGGAAAGUCGACAACAUUUAAAAUGUUAACUGGAGAAAUUUCAAUGACCGAUGGAAAUGCGCUUGUUAAUAAUUAUAGUGUUAUUAAACAAUUGAGUGCUGUUCAUCGAAAUUUAGGUUAUUGCCCACAAUUUGAUGCACUGGAUUCUCUAUUGACAGCACGCGAACAUCUUUUUCUUUAUGCUCGUCUACGCGGAAUCAAUAGAAAGAAUAUUCCAUUUAUUACGAAUUGUUUAUUAAAACGACUUGGUCUUACAUUGUGGGCUGAUCGACCAGUACAACAAUACUCUGGCGGUAAUAAGCGUAAAUUAUCUACUGCUAUUUCGCUGAUUGGCAAUCCAUCGAUUAUAUUUAUGGAUGAACCAACAACUGGAAUGGAUGUACGUGCGAAAAGAUUUUUAUGGAAUUGCAUAUUGACAUUAACUCGUAAAGAUAAUAAAUCAGUUGUAAUAACAUCUCAUUCAAUGGAAGAAUGUGAAACAUUAUGCAAUCGUCUUGUUAUUAUGGUUGGUGGAGAAUUUAAAUGUUUUGGUAGUGUACAACAUUUGAAAGUCAAAUUCGGCGAUGGUUAUACUAUUCUUGUUCGAACGGAAAUCAAUAGUGAUAUGAAACAAGUUAUUAAUUAUAUAAAAGAACGAAUACCAGAAGCUGAUGUCAAAGAAGAACAUAAUAAAAUGAUACAUUUUCGUGUGUCAGCACAUGUUCCAUUACACAAAAUGUUCAGUGUUCUAGAGAAAGCACGUGAAGAUUUGAUAAAUAUAAUUGAAGAUUAUACAGUUACACAAGUCACACUUGAUGAUGUAUUUGUUAAUUUUGCUAAAUUACAAGAAGAAAAUCAAGCAUCCGAACAAGUCAUCCAUGAUCAUGAAGAUAGUUGUUUAAAAAGAAACUUUUUCUAUAAAUUAUUUUCCAAAAAACGAAAGAAUAUAAUCGGUGAGUUGACUCAUAGAAAUUUUCUAUCUCAUACGUAUAAUUGA